CUUAUACAAUACCGCAAUUUUGGAAGAACAAAACGAAGAAGACGUGAAAAGAGAUAGUGCCCGUGCGUGGAUUUUGUGAACAAAAUUAAUAAAGCGCCUCUAAAGAACAAAAGAAUUCAUAUUUUCCAUUUAGUUGGAAAUAAUUUAGUGCUCAGAUUAGAUCUUUUGUUCAAGAAGUGUUGACCAGCAUCGUACGUUGCAGAAACCGAGUGAUAGCAUGUUUACAGUAAAUACACAUCAGCACCAACUGCUGUUUCAUCUAUCACAAAUUACUCCGCGUCACAGUAAUAUCGCUUUCAAAAAGCAGCACAAAAAUCAUCCGUCUACCAAGCAUGGAAAGGAGACUGCCUUCUUGGCGCAGCAAGAUUUCGUACCUCGAAUCAAGCAAUCGCUUGUUCAGUUCUACGUCGAUAGCUUUCGACAGUCGGUGGAGCAGCCAUUAACUGCGUCAAACAAUGCAAAACCAGACGCCGCCAGUCUGUUCGAAUUGAAAUUACCUCGUCGGAUUGAGCGCAGUUUGCUCAAGCACUUCAGCAGCGUUCAGAUUGUGGCAAGCCACCGCGAUGACGUUCCGUGGAGUUUACAGCUCUCACCUAAAGCUCGUCGUGGCAGGGGAGCCGGGCAGCAAGCGGAAACCGUUUUCUUCAAUGGACAAGUGGUUCAACAAAUAGUGCGCAGUUUGCUGGCUCAGCCGGCGAGUGCCAUGUCACUGCUGCAACAACGAGGUUUCAAGACUGUGCGAUCAAUCAGUGCCGAGCAGAAAAGGAAUCCUGGCUUGUUCACCCGUGUGAAGGAUACAAUAGCUACUCCGGUUGCACCGCAAAUUUCCCAUAAAUACGAGCCCGUUCCGUUUAAUGCUCAAACCAUCAACCCUCAGCAAUAUACUGAACCAUUCAAUAAACUUUUAAGCGAGGUUAACGAUCCGACGAUAGCGGAGGAACAACGACAACGUUUGAAGGUUGCUUUCGCUGAAGGUUAUCUAACUGCCACACACCCGGAUCACGUCAAUCGGUCGGGAAAAGCGAUGCGAUAUCUCAAAGUUCUCCAGCAGCUGCUCAUCAUCGUCGUGUUCAUCGGAAUUUUCAUCAGCUUGUUUGUCUCGAGCAACGGGUCCGUCUUCAGAAUACAAAUUGGCAACCAGGUCGAGGUCGACCCCGAAGACAUCUCGGUUACCUUCGAGGAUGUCAAGGGUUGCGACGAAGCGAAACAGGAGCUGAAAGAGGUAGUUGAGUUUCUUAAGAAUCCCGACAAAUUCAGCAACCUCGGUGGAAAGCUACCGAAGGGCGUACUGCUGGUGGGACCACCCGGUACCGGUAAAACACUGCUAGCUAGGGCAGUGGCCGGUGAAGCGGGCGUUCCGUUUUUCCACGCUGCCGGGCCCGAAUUCGAUGAGGUACUGGUUGGUCAGGGAGCCAGACGUGUGCGAGAUUUAUUCAAAGCGGCAAAGGAACGUGCACCUUGCGUUAUUUUCAUUGAUGAAAUCGAUUCGGUCGGGGCAAAGCGAACUAAUUCAGUCCUGCAUCCGUACGCCAACCAGACCAUCAAUCAAUUGCUGUCGGAAAUGGAUGGUUUUCAACAGAACGAGGGAGUUAUCGUGCUGGGGGCAACCAAUCGGCGGGAUGAUCUGGAUCAGGCUUUGCUAAGACCGGGCCGGUUUGAUGUUGAAGUGGUUGUGCCUACCCCAGAUUAUAUCGGUCGAAAAGAGAUUCUUACCUACUAUCUGAGCAAAAUUUUGAGCAAGGAAAUUAACGUAGAUCAACUGGCGAGAGGAACGACGGGUUUCACGGGGGCCGAUAUUGAAAAUAUGGUCAAUCAGGCUGCACUAAGAGCUGCCAUCGAUGGAGCGGAAGUUGUGUCUAUGAAGCAUUUGGAAAAUGCCAGAGAUAAGGUACUUAUGGGUCCGGAACGUAAAUCUCGUCUGCCAGACGAAGAGGCAAACAAAAUUACGGCAUAUCAUGAAGGCGGACAUGCAAUAGUUGCCUACUACACGAAGGAAUCGCAUCCUCUUCACAAGGUGACAAUCAUGCCACGCGGACCAUCGCUGGGCCAUACUGCGUACAUCCCGGAAAAGGAACGUUAUCAUGUCACCAAACAACAGCUGCUGGCAAUGAUGGACACCAUGAUGGGCGGCAGAGCAGCGGAAGAAUUGAUUUUCGGAGCGGACAAAAUUACUUCUGGAGCAAGCAGUGAUCUGAAACAAGCGACAUCCAUUGCUUCGCACAUGGUACGCGAAUGGGGGAUGUCCGAUAAGGUUGGUUUGCGGACGAUCGAAUCUUCAAAGGGAUUCGGUGCACCGUCGGAUAUGCUCUCGCCAUCGACGAUAGAAAGCGUGGAUGUUGAGAUAAAGAAAAUUCUUAACGAUAGCUAUGAACGGGCUAAAUCCAUUUUGAAGCAGCAUGCUAAGGAACACAAGGCACUGGCAGAAGCGCUGCUUAAGUACGAAACACUCGACGCCGAGGAUAUCAAGGCAAUUCUCGGCGGUGAAAAACCCGUUACCGAAGAGCACCGAGCCGGUUGAACAAUACGUGCUGCAUUGUUAUUCCAAAACACAAAAAUAUGAUACGAAAUGAGGGUUAAAUCUUAUCGUGAUUGUGUAAAAGCAAACACUCUGGCAUACUUAGCGUACUAAUGGCUGGCAAGUCAGCUGAAACUGUAGAAUUAGUGUAUAAUUUAAUCCACGCUUCCUGCUUCCGAUAAGCAGCAACAAAAAUCUAAAUCCUUUAAUAGUCUUAACGAAAUGGUCUAUAAACUGUUGAGUAAAAACCUAUACACUAAUUGGCAAGAAAAUACAUCCAACUAGGCUGAACACAAACUUGCAUGGUUGCAAAGAUUCGUACUUUUAGGUAAUGAAGUCUGAACGUUGAAGUUUGUAUCUUUUACUAUCUGUAGGUGGCGUCCACGACGAAUGUUUCACAAAUGUUUAGUUAUAAGCAGCAUACUUGCUUAUUCAGACCAGUAAACCGUGAGGUACAUCUAUAAUUAUUUAUAAAACCAAAUCUGUCGCUGCAGCAGCACUGUUAUAGAUUUAUUUCUUGUUUCGGUAAUAAAGCAACCAUG